AUGGCCGCCCCGCCCGCCCGCUCCCCCGCGCCCUUCCGGGGCGGGGCCGGCGGGGACAUGGAGGAGCGGGACGGUCGCGCCGGCGGCUUCAGGAAGGACACCGUGGACCAGCUGCUCCGCCUGCACUUCCGGGACGGCAGGACCCGAGUUAACGGCGACGCGCAGCUGCUGAUGGCGGAGAUGCUGAACGUCUUCGUCCGAGAAGCGGCGGCGCGGGCCGUGCGGCAGGCGCAGGCCGAGGACCUGGCGAAGGUGGAUGUUGAGCACCUGGAGAAGGUGCUGCCGCAGCUGCUUCUGGACUUCUAAGAAGCACCAUGAAGCAAAGCAGAAGACCUUGACCUGACAGUGAACUUUUGGCCUGUCUUCAAGAGUCCAGCUCUAGGAAGUACAGUCUCAACUUUUUCUGUCCUGCCAUUUUGCUUCCGUUUCCUCUCUCCUUUAGCAAGCACAACAAAGCCCUCAGCAGCUAUGCUGCCAGAUGCUGUUUCUGAAGAGAGGCUGCCACACACUUGGUCUGGUCAGCUGUCUCACUGGUUUCCAUCUUGCUGCCUCACUCCUCUAACAGUAGCCUGCACUUCACAGUGCAGCGAGAUGCUGUGGCUUUCUCAGCUAAUGUGAGAAACAGGUGCUGCUUCAGAGAUGCAUGGAAAGACUUAAUGGCUGGAAAUGUCAUCCAAGCUGCAGGCUCUCAUCACCUCAGCAGGCAGCUGUGGCAGAAACAUUCAGUCCAGCUCGAAGCCUGUCUAAUGAAUAGGUUGUUAACAGCAGCUCAGUCACAGGCUCUUGCCAAAACCAGGUAACUGAUCUUUAUUUUAUAAAUAAAUAGUGUCUGUCCCUUACUACCUUCCAGUAUUUCUCUAGGGCUGCGACAUCAAAGAACACUUGGAACCUUUUAACCAUUUGAUAUUCUCUUCAGAAGCUGCUCCCGCUCUGCUAUAAAUUUGUUCUCACAAAGAAACAUCAAUAAAUUAAAACCCAGUCUC